UAAGAGCUUGUAAAUUAAUGCGAGAUUACGCAAGUGCAAGUGGAGCGAAAUAUGUUUCCGCACUUCGUGGUACUACGUUGCGUAAACACAUAGCAACGAAAUGUGUAGAUUUAAACUUGUCGGAUAGACAAGUAACGAGAGUAGCAAACUUCAUGGGUCAUCAUGAACACAUACACAAAGAAAUUUACCGACAACCUGUUGCUAAAGUCGACAUAUUAGAAAUGUCAAAGAUCUUAGAAAAGGCUCAAGGUGCGGAUAUAAUAAGUUCUAACGAAGCUGAUUCUACGUACAUUGAAAAAAGCCAUUCUUCUAGUAAUCAAGAUAUUUCACAGAGAUUUGAUGACAGUGAAACAUUUGCAGAGAUCUCAAUAGAAACACAACAAAAAAAGAGCCUACAAAAAGAAAACACACAGAGAAUAGAGCAAAAAGAAGAUACGCAAAAUAGAAAAAAACAUAGCAACAUAUUAACAAAUAUACAAAAUAUACAAAAAAAAGAUAAAGGAAAAGGUACAUUUUAAUCUGGCUAAUUAUUUACUAAUGUUUGCUCUAUGUAAUAGUUUUUUAAAAUAAUAUUUAGAGUAAAUGUUUAAAUAUAUUCUAUCUAAAAUCGU